CCAGCGCGCGCGCGGCGCUGUUUGGCGCUUCUGCACCGUCGGAUCAUAGGAAUAUCGCCACAGGAAUAACUUUAUUUUUUAUAAUUUUGUGUCUUUUUUCUCUGUGCCGUUAAACUGCUGAAAUAUAAUGUCGGACGAGGAACUGAAAGUUCCGGACGAGCUUUUUAAGGAUGUGAAAUUCUACGUGGUGGGGGAUAUUGACCAAAAGGUUGUCCAACUGCUGAAGGCAGGUAAAGCAAAGGAGGUUUCCUAUAAUGCCCUGGCCACACACAUCAUUGCAGAGGAUGGAGAUAACCCUGAGGUUGGGGAGUCACGUGAGGUGUUUGAUUUACCUGUUGUCAAGCCUUCCUGGGUAAUUUUGUCAGUAAGAUGUGGAGAUUUGCUGCCAGUCACAGGCUUUUCCCCAGAAUCAGGCCAGGUCUUCUUUGGUGUUACCGCAUGUCUGCCAAGGCUUCCAGAAGAUCUGAAUGCCCUCUGGGCAUUGAUAACCUUCUAUGGAGGUGAUUGCCAGCUUCAUCUGAACAAGAAAUGCACACACUUAGUUGUGCCAGAGCCACAAGGGGAAAAGUACGAGUGUGCUCUGAAGCAUGGCAACAUUAAGAUUGUGACUCCAGAAUGGAUCCUGGACUCUGUGUCAGAGAAGUGUAGGAAAGAUGAGGCUCCCUACCAUCCGCGGCUCACCUACCAGGAAGCGGAGGAGGCGAGUGAAGAGAGCGAGGAGGAUUACGACCGGGGCUCUCAGUCAGACGGCAGCUAUGUAGAGCAUCGCUCAAGGCGGUCCAGCCCAGCCUCAUCGCGGGAUGGCUCACCCCUCAGCUUGCCCCGUGGCUCCUCCCCCAAGUCUGACAGGCAGGGAGAACGCAUGUUUGAUGACUCGUCCGACUCGUCUCCAGACAAGGAGGACUGUAACCUGAACUGGACCCCAGCAGAGGUUACACAGCCGACAGCCGCAAAGCGGCGACUCCAACAGGGCAAGGAAUCGGGCCUGAUAAACUUGUGUGCCACUGUGCCGCCUAUCCCAGGUGUGACGACACCUGAUGGGCGGGGUGCUGUGGGGCCACCGGGGCAUAGUGCCACUGGGCUGGAGAGGCCGGAGAUCAUGGGGUCCUGGAACCCAGCUGCGCGAACACUGAGGAACAUCACCAAUAACACUGACAUCCAACAGGUCUCCAGGCCUCCAAAUGUUGCACAUAUUCUACAGAGUCUUUCAGGUCCAACAAAGUUGGAUCAGCAGACGCCCCAGGGCCAGCCGGGCCACCCGAACCCUCUUCUCUUUGGCCAAGUGAAGCCACAAGCACCGCAGCUCCCACCUGACACCCAGCAGCUCCAGCAGCAGCAGCAACAGCAGCACACAAUCACGCAGCAACAGCAGCAGCAGCAGCAGCAGCAGCAACAGCAGCAUCACCUGCCGCAGCAGCACCCCCUUCACUUGACACCACAGCAGAUCAUGCAGCUGCACCCACAGCAGCAGCCGCAACAGCAGGGCACCCCGCAAGGCUACCUGCAGCCACACCAGUUCCUACAGCAGUCACAUCAGCAGCAGGUGCACCAGCAGAUGUUCUCCCAGCAGCCUCAGCAGCCACCUCAUGGUUUUGGGCCGCAGCAGCAACAGCUGCGACCUCAGCAGAUCCUCCGGCCACCAAUGCUCCAGCAGCAACAGCAUGUAUUACAACAGACACCGCAGCACCGGUUACAGCUGCAGUUACAUCAACAGCAGCAGCACCAACAGCCUAACCAGCAGCUGCACCAACAGCAUCUUCAUCAGCAGCAGCAACACCUGUUUCAGCAGCAACUGCAACACAUGCAACAACUGCAACAACAACAGCAGCAGCAGCAACAACAGCAGCAGCAACCACUACAAGGACAAAACUCCCAGCAGCCCCUGGGACAUCAGGGUCCAGUACAGCCCCCACAAUUGCAGCUUUAUGGUCAUGAGCCAGGCCUGGACAUUCCUGAGGACAGUUUCCUGGUUGGGUGUGUUUUUGCCAUAGCUGACUACCCUGAGCAAAUGUCAGAUAAGCAGCUUCUGGCUACUUGGAAGAGGAUCAUUCAGUCCUAUGGAGGGUGUGUGGAUUCUUCACUGACCAGCCGCUGCACCCAUCUGCUCUGCGAGAGCCAAGUCAGCAGUACGUACCUCCAGGCACUGAGGGAGGGAAAGCGUUGUGUUACAGCCCACUGGCUCAACACCAUCCUGAAGAAGAAGAAGAUGGUCCCUCCUCACAGGAUGCUGCAUGUACCCUUCGCCUUCCCACCAGGGGCCAAACCGUGUUCCCAGCAUAUAAUAUCAGUAACGGGCUUUGUCGACACGGAUCGGGAUGACCUGAAGCUCAUGGCCUACUUGGCGGGUGCGAGAUAUACAGGAUACCUGUGCCGCAGCAACACAGUCCUCAUCUGUAAAGAGCCUAGUGGUCUGAAGUAUGAAAAGGCCAAAGAAUGGCGGAUUCCCUGUGUCAAUGCCCAGUGGCUGUGUGACAUCCUGCUGGGGAACUUUGAGGCAUUGCGGCAGAUCCAGCACAGUCGCUACAGCACCUUUGGCCUGCCUGACCCACUUGCUCCCAACCCGCACCUGGUGCACAGCCUGCUGGCUGCCUGGAGGAGCCCGGUGAAGGUUUCCCCAGAAACACUGGUGAACAUCCGUCUUCAGCAGAAACAAAAGCAGACAGAACAAGGUGCUCAGCCCCCAGCCAAGAAGCCUAGGAUGGAUGAACUUCCAACACCCUUGAAAAAACUGCCAGUAGAGUCCACACCUUACGUGUUCUUUACAGGGUUUGAGCCUACUCAGGUCCAGCUGUACAUAAAGAAGCUAUAUGAGCUUGGAGGGGAGGUUGCCGACAGCGCCCAGAAGUGCACCCAUCUCAUUGCAAGCAAGGUGACCCGAACUGUUAAGUUCCUGACGGCCGUGUCCAUUGUCAAGCACAUCGUCACGCCUGAGUGGCUUGAGGAGAGCUGGAAAGCACAGAAAUUUGUUGAUGAGCAGAACUUCAUGCUAAGGGAUGCUGAGGCAGAGGUUCUCUUCUGCUUUAGCCUGGAGGAGUCACUGAAGAGGGCCCAUUCAGCCCCACUUUUCAAGGGAAAGUUCUUCUACAUCACUCCUGGGGUGUGCCCAAGCCUGACCACUAUGAAGGCCAUUGUUGAGUGCGCUGGUGGGAAGGUGCUAAUGAAGCAACCGUCAUUCCGAAAGGUCAUGGAGCACAAGCAGAACAAGAGUUUACCAGAAAUAAUCUUGAUAUCAUGUGAAAAUGACCUCCACUUGUGCAAAGAGUACUUUUUGAAGAAUAUUGAGGUUCACAAUGCUGAGUUUGUCCUCACUGGAGUCUUGACACAGUCUUUGGACUAUGACUCAUAUAAAUUCACAUGAUGGGAAGUGCAAGCCGAAGUGAAGGUGAUCCGGAGGUGAAAAGAGUAUCUGCUGCUGAUGCGUGACCUUGGGCAAGCCUUUUAAGGUCAUUAGUAUGCAGAAUAAUAAUAAUGUACAGUUAUUGAAUAAUGCUUAUCACCCAUUUUGUAUAUUGUCAAUACUUUUAAUCAUUAAUGUUGCAGGUUUUUUUAAAGAAGUGGGUGGUGAAUGCUGAAAAGC